CCUUUGCGCAGGGAGCUGCUGCCAACGUCCCCAAAUUUCCUCGACGACACCUCCGCAACAUCACAGACAGCCCGCCCGUCUCACGACACGCUCCGUCUCAUCCUCUUCACGCCUAGCCGCCUUGCUUGUAGGCCCAACCUCCACCAACACGUACCACACGCACCGCUCGGAGCCAAAGAUGUCUUCAAUGCUCAAGACGCGCAGAAAGAAGAAUGUCAAGAAGGGUAUUCAGUUCUGCCUGAUGGUGUGUGGUGCCUCAGGAACAGGUCGGACAACCUUUGUCAACACGCUCUGCGGCAAGACGGUUCUCGAGCACAAGGAAUCAGACGACCCCACAACUGCACAUGUCGAGGAGGGCAUCAAGAUCCAGCCCAUCACAGUUGAGCUCGAUGAGGAGGGUACCCGUAUCUCGCUCACCGUCGUGGACACUCCCGGAUUCGGUGACCAAAUCGACAAUGAGAGCAGCUUCUCGGAGAUUGUUGGAUUCCUCGAGCGACAGUACGACCACAUCCUGUCAGAGGAAUCGCGUAUCAAGCGUAACCCUCGAUUCCGGGACAACCGCGUGCAUGUUCUCCUAUACUUCAUCACUCCAACUGGUCACGGUCUCCGCGAACUUGACAUUGAACUCAUGAAGCGCCUGUCGCCUCGUGUCAAUGUUAUCCCUGUCAUUGGCAAGGCUGACUCGCUUACACCCGCUGAGCUUGCCGAAUCCAAGAAGCUUGUGAUGGAGGACAUUGAGCACUACCGCAUCCCCGUGUACAACUUCCCAUACGACAUUGAGGAAGAUGAUGAGGACACAGUCGAGGAAAAUGCCGAGCUUCGUGGUCUCAUGCCCUUUGCGAUUGUCGGAUCCGAAGAUGUUGUUGAGAUUGGUGGCAGAAGGGUACGCGCCAGGCAGUACCCAUGGGGUAUCGUAGAAGUUGACAAUCCACGUCACUCGGACUUCUUGGCAGUGCGAAGUGCACUCUUCCACAGCCAUCUUGCCGAUCUCAAGGAGAUAACGCACGACUUCCUGUACGAGAAUUACCGUACCGAGAAGCUUAGCAAGAGCGUUGAAGGUGGUGCCGCUGCUGAUUCGUCAAUGACAUCUGAUGAUCUGGCCAGCCAGUCCGUUCGACUAAAGGAGGAGCAACUACGACGCGAAGAGGAGAAGCUGCGCGAGAUCGAGGUCAAGGUCCAGCGAGAAAUCAACGAGAAGCGACAGGAGCUCUUGGCGCGCGAGAGCCAACUCAAGGAGAUCGAAGCCCGGAUGCACAGAGAGCAAAGCGGCCAGAUGCAGGAUCACGAUGGCGACGACGCAUAAGUUAUUCCCGCUCAAAACCAGCUUCCAUUCUAGGUCCUCAUCCCGUCACUGAUUAUGGGUUACUGUGGGUAGCGCGCUUGCGUAUGUAACAUUGGAGCCGACGGAGCAAAUACCACGUAUUGCAGCUGAAGGCGAUUCCAAUGGCUGGCUUGUGCAUUGCAGAUGUUGAAGGGUAGGACAAGGGACUUUGAGCUUCUUGUCGUCUCGUCUCUGGAGGGGAUCGGACAGUGACAACUUCUUGGAUCCUGACUGCAGCCAUCACAGCCGUCUUGACACUAUUGCUUCUCAUAUGUUUCUUAACACUUCGAUACUUAUUCCCCCGCCUUUUGGUCUUUUCAUAUAGGAAGUAGUAAUCCAGUUUAUAAUAUCGCUUUGGUGAUCAAGGUC